AUGUACGGAAGAGCGGGUCUUGAUCGUUUCAAGAAAGCCCAGUCUUCAGAACCAUUCUCAGUCUCCUCAAAACCCACCUCUAAAACGAAUAACCUACAGGCUUCAGCCCAUCCAGCUGCAGUUUCUGUUGAACAAACACAAAUUUCGUAUCAACAAAACCAAUAUCUGAAUCACCUGAAUGCAGUGACAAGGGCUGUAGCUGCGGAUGUGGGCCCAACUGCGGUUGGAGCCCAACAAGCUACUCAGGUUGGAGGGGGGCAGUCCACCUGGCAGCCUCCUGACUGGGCAAUCGAGCCACGGCCUGGUGUGUACUAUCUCGAAGUUUUGAAGGACGGGGAGGUUAUUGAUCAGGUUAGGCUGGAGAAGAAGAGGCAUAUCUUCGGGAGGCAGUUUCAUGCUUGUGAUUUUGUGCUUGAUCAUCAGUCGGUGUCAAGACAGCAUGCUGCUGUGGUCCCGCACAAAAAUGGCAGCAUAUACGUGAUUGACUUGGGCUCCGCACACGGUACGUUUGUGGCCAACGAGCGUCUGACCAAAGAUUCCCCCGUUGAACUCGAGGCCGGGCAGUCCUUGCGUUUUGCUGCUUCAACCAGAACUUAUGUGUUGAGGAAGAACAGUGCCGCUCUUUUCCCACCAGCUCCUCAACCGGCCGAGAUUGAUUUGAUGCCACCUCCCGACCCCUCGAAUGAAGAAGCAGUUGUAGCUUACAACACGCGCAUCAACCAGUCCUUGAAUGGGCGAAAAGUACUGAGGACACCAUCUAAAUCGGCAGGAUCAGAAUUCUCUUCAGUUCCUGAAAGGGCAUCCAAGAGAAUAAAACGAGCAAGGGUGAUGUUUAAGGAUCAGGUUGGGGCAGAGCUUGUUGAAAUUGUUGGAUUUUCUGAUGGGGCCGAUGUGGAGACUGAACCUGGGCCCUUGGGCGUGAAAGAAGGAAGUCUUGUUGGGAAAUAUGAAUCCCUUGUACAGAUUACAGUUAUACCUAAGGGAAAAGAACAGAACCCCAGAAUGCAAGCCACUGAUGCACAGACUGGUGGUGUAACUGAUAAACUGAAAGAGGUCUUGAACAAGGUCAAGGCUCCUCCAGCAAAGAAUGCUGGAUUAUACGGUGAUCUUUAUGGAGAUUCGUUAUCUGUCAAAGUGGGUUCUUCAUGGGCGUAUGCAUCUGCUGGGUCAGGGGCUCUAGAAGGUUCUCCUAGUAAAAGUGAAGGCAGUUUGACUAACAAUGGUGAUGAUAAUGAUGAUGACGAUGAUCUGUUUGGCUAG